GUGACGUCAGACCACGCGACCUCCUACGUCACGUUCCGGGCCCGGACCAAUGGCGUCGGCGCGCACUCUUCCCCAACCGUCGUCUGCUGUGAUAUAACCAGGGGCGCUCUGCGCGUUCCAUGGAGUUCUUCCGCUGGAGCCUGGGUCGUGAUCUAGGCGCUGUGCCGCCGUCGCUGCAAUGGGGAGCAUCGUCUCGAGUCAGCAGGACGUGCCCGACGCCAAGACGGGGCUGACGCCUCGUGAAAAAGGCCUAGUGCGCGACACCUGGGCGCUCGUUCGCAAGGACGUCAAGGCCAAUGCAAUUGCCAUCUUCCUCACGUUGUUCCAGCGGCACCCAGAGUACCAGAAGCUGUUCUCGGGGUUCGCUGACGUACCGCCGGAGGCGUUGUCCACCAACCCAAGGCUCGGGGCCCACGCCAUGUCGGUGGCGUACGCCAUCACGUCCCUGGUCGACUCUCUGGACGACGCCGAGUGCCUCGUCGAGCUCGUGCGAAAGGUGGCCGUCAGCCACACCCGCAGGCCCGUGUCUGUCACGCAUUUCGAGAACCUCACUGUGGUGAUCGUGGACACGCUCAAGGAGAGGCUAGGCGGCAAAAUGUCCCCCGCCGCCGUGGCUGCCUGGGAAAAGACUCUGCGGCUCGUCGUGACCGUGACAGCCGACGUCUACAAGGAGCAGCGGAAGUAGGAAGACAUCAGCGCCGCCGCCGCCAUCUUGGAACGCCCUCUUCACUCCGCGCAGCUGAACACGCAGCAGCAAGCAGCAGACGACCAAAACCGGCCGCCACGUCCAGAAUGGCACACUCUAUGGAGGAAUGUGCGCUCCAGCAAACGGACUGUUCUUGAUUGUUCCUUACUCUAUUUUUUUUUUCUUCCUCGUGUCCGGAGCACGUUUACUGGCGGUAUUGCGAAGCCUUCUGUCAAAGUCGAAGUCUUGGGGUAGGAGCAGAUUAAUGCGUAGGCGGGAAACCACUUUUUUUUCCAACACAAUCGAAAACGAAUAGUCCGCAUUCGAACCAAACUGUGCUAAUUUUUUUCUUGUCAUUUGUUAUUACUGGAAAUUCAGGAAACGAAAAUUGUUAUUUCUGUUACAUUCUCUUCAACUGUAAAAAAAAGAAAAAAAUUCCUCCUUCUGCCCCAGUCUCCAGUGAAAAUAAUCAUGGUAAACUUCCACCAGCUCGCCUGUUCGCUGACCGAAUUUUGUUAAAAAUUGGUAACAGUCCUGACGUUCGGACUUCUGAAUUUUGUUAACAGUAAUAGUAACUCCUUUCACUAGGUGCAUACUCGUAAAGUCCCUGUAACUGGAAAAGUAACAUUAUUCACCCUCUCUCCCUGGCUGAACAACGCCAUUUUUGAGCGAAUGCACCGGCCAAUGACGACGUCGCGUGCACUCACAUGGUGCCGCGAUUGGCCAGGGUACUUCCCUUUCCCAGACUGCACGACGCCAUUUUUUAACGAAGGCGCCGGCCAAUGACGACAUUCUGUGCGCUCACACGAUGCCAUGAUUGGCCAGCCCGCUUCCCUUUCUCUGGCUGCACGACGCCAUUUUUGAGCGAAGGCGCCGGAGGAGGAAAAUUUUUAACAAUAGAUUGCGUUACCUUGAUGUACUGCAAAGGGGCUUUACGUACUCCAAGUGACAGCACAAACAUGGCACAAUGCCAUUGGUCCACUUUACUGCAACAUGAACUCGGGGGUCGACAGUUAAUUUGCGAUGUGGUGUCAUAUUCCAUGGCCCUUUAAAACAAGUAUGUUCUUCCCUAUCUGGACUUCGACACUGGCCCGCGCAUCGUUGCAAGUCUACACCUCACCACUGUCUUAAAACGGUUUUUUUUCCAGAAUGGGCAUGCUUCUUCUGUGUUCACUGAGAAACUGGGAACAAUAAUUAAUGCUUGUGUUCUUGGGCGUGUGUGUGCGUGUGUGUUUCGAAGCUUGUGCAAGAUAACAUAUCGUUGUUGGUGACUUGAAACCCUCUCCUUUCGGCACUUGUGUUUCCGUGUGCGUGACGUGACCAACUUUCACAGGAGAUUUGAAGAGCCUUUUCAUCGAAGCCUCAUUGUCCGAUUAUAAAAAGGAAUGCCGUUCAUCUCAUUAACAUAAAAUAUCUGUCGACCGUUCAAUGCAUGUUGUAUGCUUUAUACGCUGCCUUCGUACACCAGUGUUUUUUUUUUUUUUUCCAACAAGUGAUUUGAUUUUGCCACUUAAUUGGCUGACGAUUAUAAACCCAGUGUGGACACUCCUGGGGCACUGUCCCACAAAAGUUUGCGAGGCAGGUUUUGCACCAAUGACACAAAUUAGGAAGUAGUGCAGUCCCAUAAGAACGUAACAUUUGUGUAUGCUGUUGGAGCUGCAAUUGGAGACGAGUUAGAACUGUCAUCUCCAGUGCAAUACCAUCGAAAUAAAGGACCAAAGCGUACCGUCCCAAAGCCGAAAUUUUAGAGUAUGGAACACUGCCUCGAAAAUGUUUGCACUGAGCAAAGGGAAAUUUGAGAAUGAACUCGUUCUGAAAAACAAGUUUGUGCACUACUUGCAUUUCUCGCUCUUCUUUCCUUUCAGUUCUAUUGGUUAUCGGCAGCUAUAAGCACCGAUUGUUAAUCUGAUGUCGCCACGGUACGUUGUUUCUGUGCGUUUCGAGAUUUAAGUACAAAGUUUUGUUUUGCCACGUCCGUUUUGUGCUAGAAACAGACACUUACAUUGUUUUCAUUGUUGUCAAAAUAUAUAUUCUAUAUAUAUAUACGACCAACUUGAGAAGUUUUUGCGUACAAACUAUAUUUGAAAUGAAACUGCUUUUCCAAACUA